UAUCAUGCAAUUGGUGCCAAUUUGAGUGGAGAAGAGUGAGGUUAGGUUCCCCUUAUUCAUCGCCAAGUAUUACACAAAUCAAAAACCAUGGCUCAAGUUUUCGGUGAAAUCGUUGAGCCGGAAUCGCGAGCCUUUUGGGACGACGACGAGCUCGAUGCUUCGCAAUUCCAGUAUCAACUACGAUGGUCCGGAGACAACGUGAUGCCGUCGUCGAUAAAGACUUUCCUUAUUGUCGAAGGAAGCGUCGUAUCUGACUUCACGAGAAUGUGCAGCGUCGGCAGAGGCGAAAACGAAAUAUGUUUUAUAGAACAUGGAAGAUUCAAAGCAUCGAAUAUUUAUAAAAUCAACAACGAUUUGUACGCCUGUCUCGUCAGUCCGGAUCUGGACGCGAAACACUCGACCGAACUUAUUGCGACGCUGACAGAUUUUCUGCUGAACGCCGAGAAGAUAAUAACUCUCACAUGCCAGCACGUUUCAUCGUACAAAUCAGACGUCGCGCCGAAUUCGCCGUCAUUUCUUCAAUCGCUGUCCACCAAAAACGGUAAAUCGCCGUUGAACGACGUCGAACGCGUCAAACAACCUAACAUAGUUCACGGAAUUGCGGCUGGAGUAUUGUCGUAUGCUGAAAUAUUCGGACUCUCCGCUGUUCUGUACGUACUUUACGUGGAAGAAUUUCUACUCGAUUCCGAGACAGCAGUUCCUCUGGUGAAAUUGUUUUCUGCCAUUCCAGGUAGUCUAUUACACGAUCCAGUCUUCAAGCAGAGUAGUUUUAGCAGCAGAGGUAAUUUGUACAUGUAGAUCGUAAUAUCGUAUGCGCCUUGUUUGAUAAAAUUUUUAAUAAAAAUUCUUGUUUCC